UUUUUCCCACUAUCAUGUGUGUUCCUCACUUCACUCAUCAGCAACAAAACUCAAUAUCAUCUAAUCCAAUAAUAAUCAUAGACAAAACACAAACAUAAAACCAAUUAAACCCCACAAAUUUUUUUUCUAAUCUAAUCACUCUUUAUCCUUAGAUCCUCCAUAAUUAAUCCACACAGUACUAUAUAUUCUUUCAUGUCAUUAAUAAUAGUGUUGGUGGGUGAAAUGUAUUUAUAAAAAAACUUCACACACACACAAAAAAAAGGAAUCUUUUUAUUUUUUGUAGAUUCAAAGCGUUUUUUUUUUUUCAAGAUUUGAAGAAAAUGGGGAAUGUUAAUGGAAGAGAAGAAAGUGAUGGUAAUAUCCCAUCUGGGGUUGAUUCUGGUGGGGUCCAAGAUAUCAUGACCGUUCAUCAAGUUGAUGGUGAGUUUAUGGGACAAUCUCCACCGUCCAGUCCUAGGGCAUCUCGUUCACCUUUGAUGUUUAGACCUGAGAUGCCAGUGGUUCCUCUACAGAGACCUGAUGAGGGGCACGGCCCAAGCAUUUCAUGGACGCAAACCAGCUCAGGUUAUGAAGAGCCUAAUGACGAGCAAGGAGUUCCAACACUUAUAUCUUGGACCCAUGAUGGCAAAGAAGUUGCUGUGGAGGGAUCAUGGGAUGAUUGGAAGUCAAGGAUGCCUCUGCAAAGAUCGGGGAAGGAUUUUACCAUUUUGAAAGUGCUUCCUUCAGGGGUCUACCAAUAUAGGUUUAUAGUUGAUGGACAAUGGAGGUGUUCCCCCGACUUGCCAUGUGUUCAGGAUGAAGCAGGGAACACUUUCAACCUUUUAGACAUGAAGGAUUACGUUCCAGAAGACAUCGAGAGCAUUUCUGGUUUCGAACCUCCUCAAUCCCCGGAUUCCAGCUACAACAACUUGCACCUCGGAUCCGAGGACUACGCGAAGGAGCCGCCGGUUGUCCCGCCCCAUCUACAAAUGACUUUACUUAACGUUCCUCCAUCUCACAUGGAAAUUCCUCCUCCGCUAUCAAGACCUCAGCACGUGGUGCUUAACCAUCUCUACAUGCAGAAAGACAGGAGUACCCCUUCUGUGGUAGCACUCGGUUCAACUAACCGGUUCCUGUCCAAAUACGUGACAGUGGUUCUUUACAAGUCGAUACAGAGGUGAAGGUUCGAUAAACUCGUCUUUAUGAUAGUGUCUUAAGUAAUUCGAAUACUAGUAGCAAAUUAUUAGAAGUCAAGCAUGUUGGCUCAUGGUUUCUGCAGUUAAAAGGUUUAAAAAAAAGGUAAUAGAGGUAAUGUUUAGAAGUUUAUAUAGUAGUAAAGCUCUGUGACUUCCUCCAUUUGCUUUGCAAUCUCUCAUUUGCUCCUUUUUCUUAACACACAAUUGAUCAAGUCCAAUUUUCUUCU